CCUCUCUUUUCCCCUUUGAGGCCAAAAAGCCCCACAAAAGUGGCCAAAGAUCUAUGUAUCUAAGCCUCUUCUGCACAUACAAGUGAUAAGGAAAAAGAACCAAUAUAUCCUCAGUUGCUUCUACUACAAGACUGAACUUGAAAAACUGCUUAACAACGAAGCAGAUUUCAAGAAAAAGACCCCAGAAUUUUCUUGAAGAAACGCUAAAGGAAUGUAUGGCGAUUCCCAAGCAUUAUCUUCUGACGACAGCUCUAUAUUUCACUCAAGCUGGAAUGCUAAAGAAGCCUUAUUUGCACAGAGCAGAGAGUUAUUCAUGGACUCUGUCUCUGCUAGUAGUACAAACUAUAAUAGUCUUGAGUUCAACAACCAAUAUACUAGUGCUAAUCAAAAUAGUUCUGGGCUACUAAGAUUUAGGUCUGCUCCAAGUUCUCUGUUGGAGAGCUUAAGUGCUGAUGAUAAGAUUGUGAAAAGCAGUGUUGAAAAUCGAGGGUUGACCUCAAGAUUCAAUAGUUCUUGUGAAGCACAGAGCAAUCAAGUCUCUCAUAGUAGUAGUACUAAUGGUUACACUCUGAAAUCACAAUUACCACCUCAGUAUCCGCGGGCAUCAAGAGGAACACUUGCUCAACUGGGCUCUGUAAAUGGAGUGUAUAGAGUUCCAGGUUCAAUGGCAAUGGAUCAUCAAAGGCAGCCCAAAAUGAGUCCUACUCUUACUAGGCAAAAUAGUUCACCUGCUGAAUUGUUCUCACACCUCACUGCUCAAUCUGGCUAUGCCACAAUGAGAGGUGUUGGAAAUUAUAGACUGACAAAUGGAGCUAGUGGAGAUUUAAGUCCAUCUUCAAAUAGGUUCAAGGGACCGAUGAGCUUCUCAUCCGGGAGUCCGACGACGUUAGGGAUGUUGUCUAGAAUAUCAGAAGUUGAGAACGAGACUGGUGGUGCUGACGGCUCUAAUGAUGACAAACUAGGAAAUACCAAUGGGGAUACUCAAUUGUAUGGCUCUGGCUUCCGUUUUGGAUCUUGGAACAAUUCACCAAAAUUCGCUGAGAACUUAACCGGCCUUAAGAGAGAAAUUGACUAUGAUCAGAACUUAUUUUCUGAUAGUCAGGGUGGAGAGCCUAGAAAUCGGCUCAAUAUUUUGUCCCACCACUUAAGUUUACCAAAUACAGCUGAACUUGCUGCUAUGGACAAGUUAAUGCAAUUCCAGGACACAGUUCCUUGCAAAAUCCGUGCCAAACGAGGUUGUGCUACUCAUCCACGAAGUAUAGCAGAGAGGGUAAGAAGAACCCGGAUCAGUGAAAGGAUGAGGAAAUUGCAGGAUCUUGUUCCAAACAUGGACAAGCAAACCAACACAGCUGACAUGUUAGAUUUGGCUGUCGACUACAUUAAAGAUCUCCAAAAACAGUACAAGACACUCAGCGAUAUUCGGGCAAAUUGCAAAUGCUCAGCCAUGCAGAAGCCAGUUCCAGAUCAAAUGGUUUGAUUGCUUCUGUACAGUAAAAAACACUACAAAGGGACUAGAUGGAGAAGCAGUUCAAUCAACUAAUAAUUUUCAAUUGCUUUUGAAGCACCAAGGAUAGGAGUAUCAGAUACUACUGUGAUUUUCUAGUAUUUUUCAAUUCUAAGAUUCUGAUAUAUUGUAGACUAGUAUAACCAAGGUUCCCUACAGCAAAGUUGGGUAAGAGAAAAAAAAAAGAAAAGUAUAAAUCAAUUGUACAGGGCAUGUGAAAGUUACAAUCCUUGUUCAAUGUAAUAAUCUUGUUUCUCAUUAACAAAUCUAUGUGAAGAUUCUUACUAUGAUUAA